AUGGAGCCUGUCCUACCUAAGCAGUUGUUGGGACCGUCUGAAUCAAACAGUAGGGUCGUUCAAGAGCCAUGCGUCCUGGUGGAUGUCCGAGAAUUCCGCAGCGAACUUCCUGCCCUGCUACACAGAAAAGGCAUGAAGGUGAUACCACUGACCCUCUCAAUCGGCGAUUACAUUCUAGCGCCGCAUAUUUGCGUGGAAAGGAAGUCUGUGAGUGACUUGAUCAGUUCUUUGAACUCUGGCAGACUCUACCAACAAUGCACUGCAAUGGCUCGCUACUAUCUCAACCCAGUUCUUCUUGUUGAAUUUUCAAUGCCAGCACACAGUAAGCAGACUCCGUAUUUCAAGUUUUAA